AUGGCUGGACAGAAGAUUUGGCUGCGUGCUGAGACCAAGCCCGCCGAGGCUCGGUCUGCUUUGACCCCGACUACCUGCAAGGCAUUGAUCGAUGCCGGAUACGAUGUCACCGUUGAGCGCUCUACCCAGCGUAUCUUUGAUGAUGACGAGUUCGCCAAGAUCGGAGCUCCUCUCGUUGAGGAGGGCUCGUGGGUCAAGGAUGCCCCCAAGGAUGCCGUUAUCCUCGGUCUCAAGGAGCUGCCCGAGGAUGACUUCCCUCUGGAGCACGUCCACGUCACUUUCGCCCACUGCUACAAGCAGCAGGGUGGCUGGGAGAAUGUCCUGAGCCGCUGGCCUCGUGGUAAGGGUCUCCUGCUGGAUCUGGAGUUCCUUACCGACGAGUCUGGCCGCCGUGUUGCUGCUUUCGGUUUCUCCGCUGGUUAUGCUGGCUCUGCUCUCGCUAUCAAGAACUGGGCUUGGCAAUUGACUCACCCCGAGGGUGAGCCUCUGCCCGGUGAAGUCCCUUAUGCAAACCAGGACCUCCUCAUUGCUUCCGUGAAGGAGAGCGUUGAGGCUGGUAAGAAGGUUGCUGGUCACUACCCUAAGAUUCUUGUCAUUGGAGCGCUGGGUCGCUGUGGCAAGGGUGCUGUUCAGUUGGCCAAGGAUGUUGGUGUUCCCGAGUCCAACAUCAUCCAGUGGGAUAUGGCAGAGACCGCCAAGGGCGGCCCCUUCACCGAGAUUGUUGAGAGCGACAUCUUCGUCAACUGCAUCUACUUGAGCUCUCCCAUCCCUCCCUUCGUCAACGUCGAGACCCUCUCCUCUUCCAAUCGCGCUCUGUCCGUUGUCUGCGACGUCAGCGCCGACACCACCAACCCUCACAACCCUAUCCCCAUCUACGACAUCACCACCACCUUCGAUAAGCCCACCGUGCCCGUCAAGCUGCCCGCCGACACCCAAGGCCUCCCUCUGAGCGUGAUCAGCAUUGACCACCUUCCCUCUCUGCUUCCCCGCGAGAGCUCCGAGCAGUUCAGCCAGGCCCUUCUGCCCAGCCUCCUCCAGCUGAAGGACCGCAGCACUGCCCGUGUCUGGACCCAGGCUGAGGAUCUGUUCAACGAGAAGGUUGCUACUCUGCCUGCAUCGUUGCGCCCGUAA